GGUGGCAGUCUGGACCAGACUGAAUGCAGCCUUUUGAAAAUGACGGAGGGGCUGUAAUCUGAGAGUAGCACAGAGGUAUUAUUAGUCAAAAACCGAAGCGCGGCACUUGAGACGUCCAGAUGUUGCGUUUGAGGCACCAGGCAGAGUCGGGACUACAGCCACGCCGAGGAAAACUUUUUUACUCACCGCUCUCCUGCUCGCCAGCGGUGAUGCAAGCUGUCCAGCUGGGUUAAAGAACGAAAAAGAGAAGCCGUGACACAAUUUCACGCCACUUUUUUGGUUUGUUUGGAGAGGCGGACGUUGAAACUACAGCCAAGCUUCAACUAACUGCGCAGUUUGGAACCUGUUUGCAGUGUUUGCGCUGAAAUGAAAUAGCAUUUUAAAAGUGCAUUUUAGCAAGUAUUUAAACCCUGUUUUUUUUUUUUUUUUGCACCCUGCAGCAAGUUUGCAUCAUGGCUUUUGUUCACUUGCUCUUAAGUGCCUGGAUGUUGUUGCAGCCAGCGUGCGGAGCUUUUUACCGGGGACCAUUACAUCCGGAGAUGUCUAAUGGCACUUUUCAUCAUUAUUUUGUCCCGGAUGGCGAAUAUGAGGACAACGACGACCCAGAGCAGUGUCAAAUGCUUUUUAAGAUGACCGACGAGCGAAAGUGCAGUCUGGACGAGGAUCAAGACUCUGUCAUAAGGGACGACUUCACCCUCAUCAAGCGGCAGAUCGAGGACUCGGCGCGGGUGCUGGAGGGGAUAGGGAAGAGCAUCUCCUACGACCUGGACGGAGAGGACAGCUACGGGAUGUAUCUGCGCAGGGAGACGGCCCAGAUCGGCGAGGCGUUCACAAACUCGGAGAAAUCUCUGCUGGAGCUGGAGGUGAAGUUCAAGCAGAGCCAGGAGAGCGAGCUGAAGGAGGAGCACCGGCUCAGUGACGACUUCCUCACCAUGAUCGUGCACACACGGGACGCCCUGAAGGAGACCCUGGACAUCUCCCUGGGCCUGAAGGACAAGCACGAGUUGCUGUCUCUGAUCAUCCGCAGCCACGGAACGAGACUGAGCAGACUGAAGAACGAGUACCUCAAAUUCUAAUAGGAAAACAAUCCCUUCAAACUUCCCAUUACAUCACUUUAAAUAUUGUUUUUAUUGUGGAGCGUGACCAGGGCCGGAUUUAGAAAAGUGCUGGGCCUUGGGCUAAGUCCACUUUUGGUGCCUUAAUCUCACAUAAUUCAUGUGUUUCAUGCAUUCAAAUUUCAAUACAUUGAUCAUUAACGGAUGAUCUGAUCCAAGUAUUUUUUUUUUCUUAACGUGUCCUUCCAUUUCUCAUUUCUAAAUAAAAUACAUACCUGGCAUCAGUUAUAUAAUGUAUAGAAUUAUAUCAUACAAUUCAAAAAAGUGUUAUAAUGCGUUAUAACAAACAUCAGCGUCUUUGGGCUGAAAGACCAGCGGGGGCCCUAAAGAGCAAUCAGUGUCUUAGAGAGUCAACUCUUUAAAUUUAUAGAACAAAUGUAAUACAUGUUUUUUAUGUAAAUUUGUUACAAUUAUUUAGGUAUAGCAAAUCUAUUGUUUUUUAUUUCAUUAAAAAAUAAAUAUAUUUACAAUAGUGAGUAAGUGACCAGUGUAGCUUGAAAGGAUUGACAGUUAUAGUUUUCACAGUGAGUAAAAAUAAAUUGAUCGAAAGUAUUAAUUUCAAAGUUCCCAAAUUAGAAAACUAUUUUUAAAUUUGUGUGAAAUGUGAAUAUGUUCAAUGCAAAAUGGGUUCCGCCACUUGUCAGAAUUAGUUUUGCGGUCAGUUAAAUUAAAUAAAUUGUUUUAAAUAUUUUUAAAAAAUAAUAAACUGAAUUAGUAUGCGUAAUUAUGUACCUGUAAAAAAAAGUCACUAGAAUCUUUGCUCACAGUAAUAGAGUAUUAGAGAUUAAAAAACAAUCUGGGCAUACAGCUUUUAAACUAUCUCUUGGUAAGAGUAAUUGAAAAUUGAAAAAUAUAUUUUUUUACUCUACUAAACUGGAUUGUAACCACAAUGAACAAUGAAUUAUUCACAUUUUUAUAAGCUGUCAAGUGCCAUCAUGGUUGUUUUCCCCAGUAUAUGUAAAUGACAUAUUGGGGAUGCAAUUUCUUUUUCUGCCACAUGGAAAAAUCUUAAUGGAUCAAACUACUGGAUAUCCUGGCAAGACAGUCUAAGUACCUAGCAAAUCAUAAAUAAUAGUUAUUUGACAAAACAAAGAUACAUCCUCAUAUUUGACAACGUUUAUUUUUAAUUAUCUAAAUUGAAACUGGCUAAUGGUUUGCACACACACACAAAAUGUAAACACUAAAUGAGACACGGGUAGUAUUUCCAUUGUAUAUUCCCUAGAUGUCAAAUAUUGCCAUGCUGGCAAUGCUGGAUGGAUGGAUGGAUGGAUGGAUGGAUGGAUGGAUGGAUGGAUGGAUGGAUGGAUGGAUGGAUGGAUGGAUGGAUGGAUGGAUGGAUGGAUGGAUGGAUGGAUAUGGAUGGAUGGAUGGAUGGAUGGAUGGAUGGAAUUAGAGCUAGAGGCUUUGACUUUCAAAACAUAAGAUUUAAGUAAGUUUUUAAUAUGUUUUGCGGAUUUAUAUAGGAAUAGAAUUAAAAUCUAAUCACAUUGCCCAGUUUAUAGUGUCUAUACUAUGUCCUGAAUGCCUUGUGCAGUGGAAUAGCUGACCAUAGUCAGGGUGAAAAAUCCUAUAAAAAGAAACAAUAUUUGUGUCUCUUUGACCCUCUUGAAGAAGGUUUUUCUGAGAAAAUCAAAGAAUGUUUACAUGUGCAUCGAAGCAUCAGUUGUAAUUUUCUCUGGCUUUGUUUUAUUGGCUUGCAAAUGUUGCACAAUUUUUACUGUCUAAGUGCUAAAUGUUGUGACUUAUGUUUUAAAGUGGGUGCCCCUUGCUGUGCUGUUUUGUACAAGGAGUGUAGUCUUGUAAAAAUAUACAGGUUAAUAUUAAAAGUAAAUACUGUGAGUACCUUUAUAACAGAAUACCUUAAUCUGUACUAGUGUUUAUGUAUUUUUUUUUUCCAACUCAAGGAACACACAUAUCUGUGUUUAUGUUUUUGGUGUAAUACUUUGACAGUCAAGACUGCAGGCAGCACUCAUGUACUUUUGAGUUUAAGGAAUAAUCUGUAUGACAACAUACUUAAUCGACUAUAUUGUGACUUUUAAAAUAAAGUAAUUAAGUACAACGGA